CAGAGGGGCUUCGCUAGCAGACGCAGAGGCGAGGCCGCCAGUCGAGGACGAAGGGGAGAUAACAUCAAGAUGCCAAAGACUGAGGAAACUGUGCUCCAGAAUGAUCCUAGUGUAGCAGAGAAUGGGGCCCCUGAGCCUAAAACACCAGGGCAGAGCCAGAAAAGCAAGAGUUUCUGUUUAGAUGACCAGUCUCCUGAGAGCAGACCUGAUGUCUUUUCUGUCACAGAUCUGAUAGAGACAGUUAAUGAAGUUUCCAAGCUGAGCAUUUCCCAUGAAAUUGUAGUAAACCAAGAUUUCUAUGUGGAAGAGACCAUUUUACCUCCAAACAGUGUAGAAGGCAGGUUUGCAGAGGCAAUGUACAAUGCUUUUUGGAACCAUCUGAAAGAACAGCUAUUGAGUACUCCUCCUGACUUCACUUGUGCUCUUGAACUUCUAAAAGAUGUUAAGGAGACCUUGCUAUCACUGCUAUUACCAUGACAGAACCGCCUAAGAAAUGAGAUAGAAGAAGCUCUGGACACAGAUCUCCUCAAGCAGGAAGCAGAACAUGGGGCCCUGGAUGUCCCUCAUCUUUCUAACCACAUUCUCAAUUUGAUGGCUCUGCUAUGUGCACCAGUUCGAGAUGAAGCGAUACAGAAACUAGAGACCAUAACAGAUCCAGUGCAGUUACUGAGGGGCAUCUUCCGUGUUCUGGGCCUAAUGAAAAUGGACAUGGUGAACUCUACCAUCCAGAGCUUUCGACCCUACCUGCAGGAGCAUUCCAUCCAGUAUGAACAAACUAAAUUCCAGGAACUCCUUGAUAAACAGCCCAUUCUCCUGGAUUAUACCACAAAAUUGCUAACCAAAGCAGCCACAGACAUCACUACACUACGUCCGAGUUCUCCUGACUCACCUAGCUCCUCCUGCAGCAUGGCGUGUUCACUUCCAAACGGGGCAGGUAACAACUCAGAGCCCCCCAGUCCAACAAUGGUGCUAUACCAAGGCUACCUGAACCUCCUCCUCUGGGAUCCUGAAAACGAAGAAUUCCCGGAGACUCUGCUGAUGGAUGGAAUCCGGCUCCAGGAACUGGCGUUCCAGUUGCACCAGUUAACUGUCCUGGCCUCAGUCUUGCUAGUGGCCAGAAGCUUCUCUGGUGAAGUUUUAUUCAGCUCACCUGAAUUUGUGGAUAGACUGAAAUGCAUCACCAAGGCCCUAACUGAGGAAUUUAUCUCCAGGCCUGAAGAGACUAUGCUGAGUGUGAGUGAACAGGUGUCUCAGGAAGUCCAUCAAGGCCUUAAGGACAUGGGCCUCACUACUCUGAGCAGUGAAAACACAGCGUCUCUGGAACUUGAUGCCGUUGUACAUGAUGGGCAGGAAGAGAAGCAACAUAUGGGGAAUAAUGCCUCCUCUCAGAGCUAA